AUGGUGAAUAAAGUGGCGAAGAUAUGUGGUUUGAAAGAUCAAGAAGCUGCUAGAGUUGCUAUUGAUUCAGGAGCAAACCUUGUUGGUGUGAUCCUUGUUCCUGGGCGGAAAAGGACAGUGGAUGCUGAUCAGGCGAUGCAGAUAGCACAGCUAUGCCAAGACAGACGCCAGAAACUAGAUAGAGUACAUCAGACUAGUAAGGAAUUAUUGAAGAUAGCAAGAGAGUCCAAGUUGACUGGAUCCAACUGGUUUGAUUAUUGUGCACAGCUUAUUAUAGAAAAUGGACCUUUCCUAGUUGGAGUGUUCAGAAACCAAUCCUUAAAAGAGGUGAUAGAAAUCAGUCAUCGAUUAAACCUCGAUUUCGUGCAGCUUCACGGCUCCGAGGACAUUGAAGAGUAUGCUAGCGCUAUAGAUUUACCCGUGAUAGCAAGAUUUGUGCUACAGAGUGAUAACAUUGAGCUGGCCGUGGAAACUCACCGUCAUUUUCUUACUUUACUAGACUCAGAGGUUGGUGGAGAAGGCCAUUUAAUCAACUGGACUAAUGCCAGCGAGUUUUACAGUAAACUAGAUGGUCGAUUUAUUUUAGCUGGGGGCCUAACGCCCGAAAAUGUCGGUCGAGCAGUGAACGUGGAUGGCUGUGUGGGGGUGGAUGUUAGUGGAGGAGUAGAGACACAAGGAGUUAAGGACCCCAAAAAAAUCCAGAGAUUUCUAACAAUUGUUAAGAACAUAAUAUAG